AUGAAGUUCAUUGCAACUCUCCUCGUCCUCGUCUCGUUGAUUGCUUCCGCAACCGCCCAUAUGGCGCUUCUUUACCCAACCCCCCGUGGCGGUUACGGUACUAAGCAGUACAACGGCCGUAUUCACACCUGGAUCGGCUACAAGGACAAGACCUGGACCCAGCGCUUCCCCUGCGGAGGCUACGCUCCCGGUCCUGUCACUAACAUGAAGGCCGGUCAGGUCAUCAACGUUCGUUUCUUGGCCUCAUCCAUGAAGGCCAAGGACAUCAAAACUCAGCCCAAGCCCACUAGCUCCAGCAAGCAGUUCUCACAGGCUCGCCAUGGUGGUGGAACGUGCGAGUUUUCGCUGUCGUACGAUGGUGGAAAGACCUUCCGCCUGAUUGGCAGAUACGCCAAGACUUGCCCUGAUGCUUACUACCACUGGCCCGUCAGAAUCCCCAAGAACGUCCCUUCGUGCACCACGAAGAACAAGUGCCUGUUUGUCUGGUCCUGGACCGCCAAUAUCCUUGCCCAGUACUACCAUAACUGUGCUGAUAUCCGUCUCACCGGUGUCAAGGGCGGCAAGCUUCCCAAGAAGGGUAUUCAGGUUGUCGACUUCAAGCCUUACAAGAUGAAGGUCACUGCCAAUGGCGAUGGCAACAAGCACAAAUCUGGCGGUGGCCCCACCAAGAAGGAGAUCAACGACAACAUGAACGGCAGAUACUAG